AUGGAGGUCUACAUUGACGACAUGCUCGUCAAGUCCAUCCAUGCGAAGGAUCAUAUCGACCAUCUCAGACCAAUAUUCAACAUCUUAAGGGAAUACAAUAUAAAACUAAACCCUACUAAGUGUUCAUUUGGUGUAACUGCAGGGAAUUUCCUAGGCUACAUGGUGACACAGAGAGGCAUAGAGGCCAACCCUGCUCGAAUAGAUUCGAUCCAGAAAAUCUCUUCACCGACAUGUGUGAAGGACGUCCAAAAGCUGACUGGGAGGAUAGCUGCACUUAGUCGUUUUAUAUUAAAGUCAUCCAAUAGGCCGACAAGGAACUAUAUAUGUUGCAUGACCAAGCAACCCGACCAACUCGGAGCUUGGAGACUAUAUGUAUACGGGUCCAGUAAUAUGCGAGAAAGUGGACUAGGUCUUGUCCUCAUCUCACCACUAGGCGACGUGGUAGAGCAGUCGAUCCGCUGUGAAUUCAAAGCCACCAACAAUGAAUCGGAGUACAAAGCCAUGCUAGCCGAACUCGGACUGGCAAUGAAAAUGAGAGUCAAGCGAAUCAGUGUGUUCAAUGACUCUCAGCUCGUGGUCAACCAAAUACAAGGCGCUUACCGAGUCAAAGAUGCCAAGAUGAUCGCCUACUUGGGCAAAAUCAAAGAACUUCAGUGCAGCUUUGAGGAGUUCACCAUAAUCCAAGUUCCGAGAGGAGACAACAGCCAUGCAGAUGCCCUCGCCAAUCUUGGGUCGUCUAUCCAAGCCACAUAG